AUGGCUUCCAAGAUUCCACCUCUCCUUGAGCCCUAUCUCGCCCUUCCCCCCGAGGCAUCCCUCAUCCUAUUAACCAACGUUCUUGGCGCGAGUACAAACUGGCUCGUCCUACGGUUCCUGCACAGCACCUUGGCCACCAGCAGUAAUUCCCUUGAAGUCCACCCAGAAGAUGAAACUAAAGUAGUUUUCGUGAGCUUCUUGAGGGAUUUUGCAUUCUGGAAGGAUAAUGCUAGGAGAUUGGGGUUGGAUCUUGAGAAACAUGCUGCAAAGAAAUCAUUUGCAUUUGUGGACGGUUUGAGUGGGCUUUUCCUGCCGAAGCAACAGAGGCCAGCCGUGGGUCCCGGAGAGACAGUUCUCAGCAGCCCAAGUCUUACAAAUGUCUCCGAAGCGAUAUUGAAGGCUAUUCAAGAUGUAAGAGGUUCAUCAGGAGCGAAGGGAAAUGUUUUGUUAGUGGUCGACCAGCUAGACCUAUUAUUGGCAGUGGCAGGGAACCAAGUUGGGGCCGUCAAUUUGGAGGAGAUGUUGGCAGGGCUUCGAGAGGAGGUUCAUUCCGCCAUAAUUACUGUUUCGGCAGAUCACCCUCUGGUAUCCGCUCUGCAGACGCCUCUGGAAACGAAUCAUGCAUCGUUUUUAGUAAAUAUAGCACAUCAAGCUGAUUUCAUAAUGGGCUUGAGGCUGUUAGACAGUGGGACGGCAACAGACGUCAGUGGAGUUGUUAGAGUUACAAUUGGAGAUCAGGUAGCUGAGGAUGAUGAUUUUAGGCGAAAGAUUGACGAGCGAGAGUUGCUGUAUUUCGUUGCAGGAGAUGGAGGCGUGAGAGUAUUCGAGAGGGGACAGUAG